AAUAUUUUGUCAAAAUGAAAUACAUUUAAUAUCCAUUAUAAUUCUACAUUCUAAUUUCUUUUAAAAGGUUAAAGUACUUGAACAAAUAAUACAACAAACUAAACAAAGAUUUUUUAAUAAUGAUUGAGGAUGCAAAAACAAUCAAUUCUAUAAAUAGUUUCCAUAAUGAAGAAAACGAUGACACAGAAUUAUUAAUUAAGAAUAAUGACAAAGAGUUGCUUAGAAACCUUGUUGGAUUUUGGUUAUUGGGUCUGUGCAAUAAUUUUGGUUAUGUUGUUAUGUUGAGUGCAGCCUAUGAUAUUUUGCAAGAGCAAAUUCAUACAAACACAACUAAAUCAUAUUCUACUGAUGGAUUUCAUUGUAAUCCUAUAUCCACUGGUGCUGUUUUGCUUGCUGAUAUAAUUCCAUCGCUUAUUGUAAACUGGACUGCUCCUUUUUAUAUUAAUCGGUUUAGUUAUCCUCUUCGAGUUGCAGUAGUUAUAAUUUUGUUAACUGCUAGCUUUCUUACUGUAUCUUUUUCAACAAGUCGUUUUCUAAGUUUAUUAGGCGUUGUUUUUGCCAGCAUCAGUUCAGGUGCUGGAGAAAUAACGUUUUUAAGUUUAUCUGUUCAUUUUAAGAAAACUACUGUUUCUGCCUGGUCUUCUGGUACAGGAAUGGCUGGCGUAUGUGGUUCUUUAUCUUACGCUUUUUUGAGACAGGUAGGUUUAUCCAGCCAUAACACACUACUUGUUUUACUUGUUGUGCCAGCUUUAUUUGCGUUUACAUUUUGGAUAGUUUUGAAAUUUCCUUAUGACAUAAAAACAAAAAAUGAAUACAUGUCACACGAUAAACAACCAGGUUGUUUUGAUAAAACAAAACAAAUGUCAUUUAUUGCAAAAGUGCGUCUAAUAAAGCCUUUGCUUAAGUAUAUGGUUCCACUCUUUCUUGUAUAUUUGGCAGAAUAUACAAUUAACCAAGGUUUAUUUGAGUUGCUUUAUUACGAUAUAUGGUUAAGUCAAGCUAGUCAAUACCGCUGGUUUCAAGUUGAUUAUCAGAUUGGUGUGUUUAUAUCAAGAUCGUCGGUAAACCUAUUUCAAAUAAAAAAGGUGAUUUUUCCUGCACUUUGCCAGUGGUUAGUUCUCUUGUUUUUACUCUUAGAAGUUUAUUAUGUUUUUAUUCGAUCUUUUUGGAUCACAUUGAUUGUUAUCUUAUUUGAAGGUUUGUUAGGAGGUACUGUUUAUGUAAAUACAUUUUACUUGAUAUUUCAAGAGAUAGAGGAAGAUUACAGAGAGUUUUCUAUGAGUAUGGCUAAUGUUGCAAAUAUUAAUGGAAUUACAAUUGCUGGUUUUCUGGCCUUGCCUAUUCACAAUUUUUUAUGCGAGCGAAAGAGAUUAUAAAUAAGCAAUUUUGAAAAUGACUAACUUACUUAAAUCUUUUUCAAGAAGCCUAAUAAAUUCAUUCGUUUUAUUGAAGCAGCCAGCAUCUAAAGCCUUCUUUUCAUUAUUUCCCCCACAAAACGUCAA